AUUAUGCCUCUCAGCUUGUCCCCCGCUGCUCACACUCGCGCCUGCUGAGGCUUGGGCAGCGAGCGUCCCGAGCGAACGAGUUUGGGGUGGGGCUGAAGAGACCGGCCCCGCGAUUUCCGCGAAGGCUCCUAUGCGAGCCACCCAGAAAGGUGGCUCAAUACCUGGGGACGUGGGCCAGGUCAGACCCCGGAGGCCGGGACCGUGACCCCCCGAGCGCGCCCUGUGGGCGUCCUCGCAGGCUCACAGGGUCCACCCCAGGGCUGCUUUCUCAGGAGAGGCAAACACUUGACCCAUCCUCUUCCUUUUUUGUUCGUUCGAUGAUUCAGUAAGCAUUUGAGUUUGGGUACUUGCUCACUGUAUUAGGUCCAAAUCUGCUCAUGUCAUUUGGGUUCUGAGAGUAGCCCAGAAAAAUAGCCGAGGAAAUGUGAGGUGGCUGUUGAGACUGUAUUCCAGAUCCUCUGACCGCUCCGCAGAGGAUAGCCACUCAAGAAAACACCAUGAAAGAUACUGAUAUCAAGAGACUACUGUAUACUCAUCUUUUAUGCAUAUUUUCAAUUAUCCUAAGCAUCUUCAUUCCAUCAUUCUUCUUGGAGAACUUCUCAAUAUUGGAAACACACUUGACAUGGUUGUGCAUCUGUUCUGUUUUUGUAACUGCCGUCAAUCUAGUAUUAUAUUUAGUAGUGAAACCAAAUGCAUCCUCUAAAAGAAGUUCAUUAUCAUAUAAGGUAACCAGGUUUUUGAAAUGCUGUAUCUACUUUCUUAUGUCAUGUUUCUUCUUUCAUGUGAUUUUUGUUCUAUAUGGAGCACCACUCAUUGAGCUGGUGUUGGAAACAUUUUUAUUUGCGGUUAUUUUGUCUACUUUUACUACCAUACCUUGUUUGUGUUUGUUAGGACCAAAUAUCAAAGCUUGGCUAAGAGUUUUCAGUAGAAAUGGAGUUACAUCCAUUUGGGAGAACAGUCUUCAGAUCACUACGAUUUCUAGUUUUAUAGGAACAUGGCUUGGCGCCUUCCCUAUUCCACUCGAUUGGGAAAGACCAUGGCAGGGAUGCCAUGUCCCUGUCACUGUAACCUGGGAGACUUAUUGGCCACAGGGCCCAUUGGCAUCCAGAUCAGCCUGGUUCUGCUUUCCAGCACUGUGUUUUCUACAUGUACAAGUAUGGCCCAUCUCCUGUACGCUUGGAGCGACCUUUGGCUACAUGGCUGGCCUUGUGAUUUCACCACUCUGGAUCUACUGGAAUAGAAAGCAACUUACAUACAAGAACAAUUAAUUGGAGCAAAGGGAGAAGAUACUUCUUUGUGCAGAUUCCAGAAAGACUGUGCAGAAAUGUAUAUGGUCUAAGCCAGGCAGUUCCAUUUACAGCACUGUUUUUUGUUUGUUUUUUUAUGUAGUUACAACAUGAUGUGAUUGUAGCUUUUUAAACUAUGAAACCCCUGAGAGAUCGUACCUUCUAGUUGAAAUAAAGUAUUUAUAAUAGAUUGUGGCUUCA